GCGAUUGCAUCGACUGUCAACAGUGGAGAGACAUGCGCCAUGGAGACGGAGGACAUUCUGAAGGGUUUUGCAGAUGGCAGCAAGGAAGGGAAUUCGGCAGGAGAGAACAGCGCAGACUAUGCAGAGGUGCUUGCAACAAUAUGUGCACAGACCGCAGAGAUGAUGGGUGAUGGUGAUGAAACAGAGAAUGAUGCAGGAGGGAGCACUUGUGAGACGGAAACGGUUGGGAAAGAGAGAGAGGAGGGAGGUAUGGGAAGCAAGGAGUCUCUGACAAGGUGUAUUGUGAAAGAUGAAAAUGUGGUAAAGAUAUCAGCAGGAGAAGAGUACCCAUAUGACAUCAAUUGGGUACUAUUAAGGUUGAACGAUGGGGCAACAGCAGAUGUGAAAGGGGGAUAUGCAUUGGACAUGUGGCGUGUUCUCGAGGCGCAGGGCGAGUUCAGGCUGAACGAUUUUUUGUACGACAGUUUUGAUUGCGGACAGGGAUGGGUGAUUGGCGGGAACGACGUAACAGGAAGUACGGCGUGCCACGAGAGCGAUGCGAGGAGGGAUCCUAGGUCGUUCUUGCGUCUCGUGCGCGAGGUUGUGGAGCGGGACAUUGCUCCGGGUAUGGGCGUGAGGUUUCAGAUAACGGCAGUGCGUGCUUUGAUGGAGGCUGCCGAGGCGUACCUGGUCGCCAAUUUCGAGAACACCAACGAGGUGGCCAUUCAUUCGAAGAGGAGACACGAGGACGAAAGACAAACCGUACGCAUCAUGUCGAUGUCAGUAGCACAGGUGGAUUCUGCUCUUGCAGAGGUAAUGAAGUAUGCAAAGGAGGACGUCCACUACAACGGUGACAACGAGUUGUCUUUGCUUCAGAACAGGGUGCCGAGGUACUACAUAGUCGCUGUGGAUAUGAGAUCCACAAUCAUGGCAAACGGCGAGGGCUGUGUCAAAGCACGAACACUCUUGCAACGCUUCAGAGAGUCACCACAUGUACGUGUGGACAGCGAUGUGGAAGACAGUGCAUACAGUCUAAAAGGAGUGGUCCAAUGGAUCUGCAGCGAAGGGAUGUGCGAAGAAGGAGACGUGGACAUGACAAUGCAGCAGACAGGGGGAACAUAUACACCUGCGAACUUGGGCAAGUUGCUGGGCACUGUCGCACGGAAUGGGGGAAUGCUGGUUGAUGGGUCAAAGGACGAGUUGAAGAGUGGUGUUGCAGAAAUAUUGGUGUUGUCCAAAAUGAAGGACAUUACACAAACACCGCCAGAAGACUUUCAAGAUGUUCCUGUCAUUAUCGCAGAUGGUGUGGAAUAUAUUGUGCUGGAUCAACUUGUGGACUUCAUGAAAAAGAGUGACGACGACAGGAACGUCAUGCAUGAGGCGUUCGGCGUCAGGAACCGUCCACCCAAGACCGCCGAGAAGAGGUCACGGGAAGACGGAAUGUCAAAGGUGCACCGCAGGACAAAGAAGAGAAUCGCGUACAAAAAGGACAGAAUGGUGGAGAUGAUCGAUCUGAGAGUCUCGGACGAUAUGCACAGCGCGGCCCGAGAGGAAGCAGAAGAGGAACACGACCAGUCCAUAUCAGAAAAGUAUGACGGCGAGGAGAACGAGGCAACAAGUGACGAGGGAGGUGACAGUCAAACUUCCAACGGACAUUCUCGCGACACUCACGACGCUGAUGACGAGGACGGCAGGAGCAGCGACGGCACAGUGCAGGAUGAGGGUGGUGACGGGGCAGGCGAAGACGACAGAAGCGCGGACGGAAGAGGUCGCAAAAGCCUUUGCGUUCUCAGCAGCAAAGGACGCAACUCUGUACCCAACAGAGCAUGAAUUUUUCACGGCGUUGCAAACAACGGCCAAACUGAUAGGCAAAAACGUCGAGGAAGGACUGCGAUCACACGUAGCGGAGUGCAGGAUUCGAGCAGUCAUAGGGGAGUGCAACAGAAUGAUGACAACCGUGCGUGGAGAGAUAACAUAGCAACUGAAACAUUGGUUCUGGGCUGAAAAAGGGAUCCCGCUUGUACGAUCGCAGCAAACGGAUCACCAGCUCCCUACUCGCAACAAGAUGCGAGCAGAGAUGAAGGAGAACAAAACGUAGAGACGGAG